UAUGUGAGGAAGAAGAAAGUGAAGAGAGGGAAGUAUUUUGGGUAUAUAUGAAGUGAGAAAUGAUUGUAAACAUAGUAUAUAUGUUUUGAAUGAUGUGGGAGAUCUAUUAGAAGUAGGGGAACUCAUUGAAGGAGUUUGGGAGAACAUUGGUUCAGAUUAAAAGGAUUAAGCUGGAACAAAACAAUGCAAGAACUUAGAUGGUGGAUAAGUCAAAACCAGGAAGAUUAUAAAAAAUAAAAACCACUUGCAUUGGUCAAAUUGUCAUAUUAUAGUAGAAACCCCUGCAUAACAACAACAACAAAAAAAAUACUUCCAGAUCCAGUCAGUGUUCAAUAAAGUACUGAUUCAGGAGUGGUAAAAUAAAAAUUAAAAAAUUAAAUGUGGUUCAUUGGCUCUAUUAAAAUGUAAGCUCCUUGAGGACAGAAACUUUGUUUAAUGAAUGUUUAUUGAUUAAUAAGCAAAUUAACUAAAAGAUGGAUUGGUCAGAAGCUUUAAAAUAUCUUAAGACCUAGUUGGGAACAGAAAGAAAAUAUAAACUUGAGAAAAAUAAAACGGUGAUCUUUUUUAGUAUGAAGCAAAGUUUGGGUAGAAGGGGAUCACAUGUAAGAAAAUCGAAGACAUUUGGUUGUUCUGUUUAGAUGAUGGCGAGACAACCUGAUACACAGAUCUUGGCUGUCUACCCUUCAUUGACUUUGGACAGUCAACUGAGAACAGAAGUGUGUUUGGGGGGAACUUUGGGGUGCCACAGGUAGGAGUCUUAAAAGAGCAUGUAAUCAUGCCCAAGAAGUGUUUUAACAAUGGAGAGACCAGUUAAACAGAUGAUAGAAAGGAAGAUCUUCCUCUCUGCCCUCUUGGUAAUUGUGCAAUGGGUCACAUUGUGCAGUCAUCCUGUAUUCUAGAAUGCCCGGGAGAGGUGGUGACUGGAGAGACCACCUCCUCCAGAACAGAGAGCAGUUGAUUAUUUAAAAAAAAAAAAAAAAAGUAGUAAUAUUGCUCCGACAGUGACCUGACCACUAAUUCAGAUCCACGAUCAAGAUCAUUGAGAUAGCAUUUCACUCCAGAUGAAUUCUGAGCCUAGUUCUUCACAAUCAGAUCGACUUGUAAAAGAUCUCACAUCAAAUGUUUCCUCAUCUCCCCCUAGUGAAGGAAGAGGUUCUAAAGGCUCAGCAGGCAGGAGUCAAUUAGAUGGCCCGGAGCACGACAUAGAAACAGCUCAUGGCGUGGUACAUGUCACCAUGCGAGGCUCACCAAAAGGGAACAGACCAGUUAUUCUUACUUAUCAUGACAUUGGCCUAAACCAUAAGUCCUGUUUUAAUGCAUUCUUUAACUUUGAAGACAUGCAAGAGAUCACCCAGCACUUUGCUGUAUGCCAUGUGGAUGCCCCAGGCCAGCAGGAAAGUGCACCCCCUUUCCCAACAGGGUACCAGUACCCUACCAUGGAUGAGCUGGCUGAAAUGCUACCUGCUGUCUUAACUCAUUUAAGCUUGAAAGGUAUCAUUGGAAUUGGAGUUGGAGCUGGUGCUUAUAUCCUCAGCAGGUUUGCUCUUAAUCAUCCAGAACUUGUGGAAGGCCUCAUGCUUAUCAAUGUUGACCCCUGUGCUAAAGGUUGGAUUGACUGGGCAGCUUCCAAGUUCUCAGGUUGGACAACUAACAUUGUAGACAUUAUUUUGGCUCACCACUUUGGACAGGAAGAAUUGCAAGCCAAUCUGGACCUGAUCCAAACAUAUCGACUCCACAUUGCUCAAGAUAUCAACCAAGAUAAUCUACAGCUGUUCCUGGGUUCAUAUAACAGUCGCAGAGAUCUGGAGAUUGAAAGGCCCAUACUGGGCAAUAAUGACAACAGAACAAAAACUCUGAAGUGUCCUACAUUACUGGUGGUAGGAGACAGCUCACCUGCAGUUGAAGCUGUGGUUGAAUGCAAUGCUCGCCUGGACCCUAUGAACACAACUCUACUAAAGAUGGCAGAUUGUGGAGGGUUACCCCAAGUGGUUCAGCCUGGGAAGCUGACGGAAGCCUUCAAAUACUUUGUGCAGGGAAUGGGCUAUAUCCCGUAUGUGCAGCUCAGCCACCUGAGCACCGAGUCAGUACCAGCAGCUAGUAUGACGCGGCUCCUUCGAUCACGCACCCACUCCACGUCCAGCAUAGGCUCUGGAGAAAGUGUCUACAGCCGGUCUCUCACCAGCACGCAGUCAGAUGGAACUCCAGGAGCCCUGGAGCCAGCCGAUGUCCUGGACAGGCCACAGACCAUGGAGGUGUCCUGCUAAGCAGAUACGCCUCUUCUGAACCCAUCCAAGUCCUCCCCCAACUGACUAGCCCCAUAAUAUAGCAUUUCAUCCAGCAAACUGGCAUUUACUGUCCUCACUCAUGCAUGGCCACUGUAACCUCAUUAGCCUGAAUUGAUGGUUCUUUUAGCCUUUUUUGUACCUCCCCAGUGACUCCCCCCCCCAAUGGUCACCGUGACAUUCCAGUCUUUAGCAGAUAUGUCCACGGCCUUCCCUGUGCUUUCUCAGCUAUUUAUCAGAUAAGAUUCUCUGAUCCUGGUUCUCUGUGUGUGUGUAUGUGUGCGCGUGCGUGUGUGUGCAUAGUUCUGUGAAUUUAGAAUCGCUUUCUUGUUAAGCUUCUGCAAAGGAAGAAAAGGGACUCGUUUUUUCCUCUCUGUUUUCAGUGGUGUUUUCAGAGGAGAAAACACAGAACCGACAUUGUUUGGCGGGCCGACGAGUUCUCUCGUGCUGUGUAGCUCUCAGUUCAGUUCGGUUGUCUCACAAGCUUAUUGGGAUUCAGAGUAGUGUCGAGGAAUGUAAAAGGUCACAGUUACUACUUGUACUUCUCUUCCUCAAGGAUAAAGGGAAACCCUCUUGCACAUAGAGGAAAGGGAGGCUGGCCUGGUGCUUCUGUUCAAGUGAAUCCACAUAUACUAUUUAUUCUACAUUCAAAUAAAAAGGGAGCGCAGUAUUCUCCGAGAGCCUGUGAGCAGUGGCAGUUCUGAUGCAGAGUGGAGCGGUUUUGUUAAAGCUGCGCAUAUGGUUUAAUUACCAGACUCUGUUGCUGCAGAAAUAUUGAAAGCUCUCACUCUACAGGGCCCAAAGAGGCAUGGAGACUCACUUGGCCCUCACCUGCUGCUGCAGGGCAGAAGGGACUGCUUUUCAAACAACUCCUAAGAAGCACUCCUCGAGAGAAUAUGGUCCAGCUCUUCCAAAACCGAGCGGGAAGCAGUUCUGUGGAUAAAGGGAGUUCUGUAGGCAUUAUUAUGGUACUCUAUAAUAUCACUGUGUUCGGUCAGACCUUAUGCAAGCUCCAUUUAAAAUGACAUUAAACACAGUUGUUUGAAAGAUCCUUUGCCUUGUGAACUCCCUUUCUGUGAGAGGGAAGGUACCUCCAAGGGGACAUCUCCACCCGGAUCUCCUGCGAAGGGAGCCCAAGUUCAGGGCUCUGGCUUGUCUUUCUUAGCCACAAACUCUGCCUAGCCGGCUCAGUGCUGAGUGGGGGUACAAGGGCUCUUGGGAGUAGAUUAACUUCAACUGCAUAAAUAGAAAAGAAGCCACUCCGCUAGAGUGUAAAUUUUUACAGAUUAUUAAUAAAGCUGUAUAUGUCUCAUUGUUA